AUGGACUCUCUAGCAAAAUCCGUCAACCAAUUUGCUCUGGAGCUUAGCAAGAAGCUAGCUGAAUCUGCCGAGGGUAAAAAUAUCUUUUUUUCUCCCUGGGGCAUCUCAACCUCCUUGGCCAUGGUGUAUUUGGGCACCAAAGGCACCACGGCAGCCCAAAUGUCCCGGGUUCUUCAGUUUAGCAGAGACCAGGACAGCAAAUCUUGUCCUGACAGUUUUGAAAAGAAAAGGAAAAUGGAAUUCGACGUAGGCAAGGCUGAAGAAAUACGCUCUAAUUUCCAGACACUUAUCUCAGAAAUCAACAAUCCCAGCAAUGCUUGCAUACUUAAAACAGCCAACAGGAUCUAUGGGGAGAAAACGUAUCCAUUUCACAAUAAAUAUUUACAAGACAUGAAAACAUACUUUGGCUCAGAGCCACAGUCUGUGAACUUUAUGGAAGCUUCUGACCAAAUCAGAAAGGAGAUCAACUCUUGGGUUGAAAGCCAGACUGAAGGAAAAAUCCUGAAUCUCCUACCUGAUAAUGCUGUGGAUUCUGCAACCAGAAUGGUUCUGGUAAAUGCCCUUUACUUUAAAAGAAUUUGGGAACAUCAAUUCUUGGUCCAAAAUACCACAGAAAAGCCUUUCAGAAUAAACAAGACUACAAGCAAACCAGUGCAAAUGAUGUCCAUGAAAGAAAAACUUCAAGUAUUUUACAUAGAAAAGCCACAAGCCAUAGGCCUUCAACUCUUCUAUGAGAACCGUGACCUCAGCCUACUCGUAUUACUGCCGGAAGACAUCAGUGGGCUGGACCAGCUGGAAAAAGCCAUCACCUAUGAGAAGUUGAGUGAGUGGACUAGCGCUGACAUGAUGGAGGUGUGUGACGUGCAGCUGCAUCUUCCCAAGUUCAAGCUGGAAGAGACUUAUGAUCUCAAGUCAACCCUGAGCAGUAUGGGGAUGAGCGAUGCCUUUAGCCAGAGCAAAGCAGAUUUCUCAGGAAUGUCUACGGAGAAAAACCUAUUUCUGUCCAAUGUUUUCCAUAAGUCUUUUGUGGAAAUAAAUGAACAAGGUACAGAGGCCGCAGCUGGUACUGGGAGUGAGGUGAGUUUUCGAAUUAAACUCCCCUCCGUUGAAUUCAAUGCAGACCACCCAUUCCUCUUCUUCAUCAGGCACAACAAAACCAAUAGCAUUCUAUUUUACGGGAGAUUCUGCUCCCCUUAAACCCUGCAUCUCUCUCAUCAAACAAGAGCAUCUUACAGUGUGAAAAAUACACAUAUGAUGGAAAA